GCCCCGCCCGGAACACCAACGACCCAAACCGAAAGCUCUCGAACCCGCAAAGGCUUCUUCUCCAAAGCUUCCCCAGUCCCCACCGCCUGCUUUGACCUCGCCGGCGUCCGCGCGAAUCCGCCGCGCCCAUGGCUGCGACCACCCACUAGACCCGCCUCCUCCUCCACCAUGUCGUCCGAGCGCCCGCUCCUCGACGCCACCGCCACCACCCCGCCCACGCCGGCGGCGGCGUCGCGGCUCCCGCCGUCGCAGCCGGAGCCUCCCGUCCGCGCCGACCACCUCGGCUUCUCCGUUGAGGUCCCCGACCCCUUCCGCCGGUCCCGCCGCGACAACCGCGACCAGCCCCCCGACCUGUCCGCUUCGCGGCGGGAGCUGCAGGAAGGGGGAGACUGCGAGUCCCGGGCCGUCGUCGUGGGGGAGCCCUCGGCGGAGUUCUCCGGCAACGCCAUCAGGACGGCCAAGUACUCGGCGCUCACCUUCCUUCCGCGCAACUUGUUCGAGCAGUUCAGGCGGCUGUCUUACGUCUACUUCCUCGCCAUCACCGUGCUCAACCAGCUGCCCCAGGUCGCCGUCUUCGGCCGCGGCGCGUCCGUGCUCCCGCUGGCCUUCGUUCUCUUUGUCACCGCCGUCAAGGACGCCUACGAGGACUUCCGCCGCCACCGCUCCGACCGCAGGGAGAACAACCGCCUCGCCGCCGUCCUCGCGCCGCAAACUGCCAGCGAGUUCCCGCCCAAGAAAUGGAAGCACAUACGCGUCGGGGACGUCGUGCGCGUCGUGUCCAGCGAGACGCUGCCGGCCGACAUGGUGCUGCUCGCCACCAGUGACUCCACCGGCGUCGCGCACGUCCAGACGGUGAAUCUUGACGGGGAGACCAAUCUAAAGACAAGGUAUGCCAAGCAGGAGACGCAGUUGAGGUUCUCCCACAACGGCGGCGUAGGUGGUAUCCUGCAUUGCGAGCGCCCCAACAGGAACAUUUAUGGGUUCCAGGCAUAUUUGGAGAUUGAUGGCAAGCGUGUCUCACUCGGGCCGUCCAACAUUGUGCUCCGUGGUUGCGAGCUCAAGAACACCUCCUGGGCAAUCGGGGUAGUAGUUUACGCUGGCAAGGAGACUAAGGUCAUGCUCAAUAACUCUGGGCCGCCAUCGAAGCGGAGCCGCUUGGAGACACAGUUGAAUCGGGAGACAGUCAUAUUGUCCAUUAUGCUCAUUGGGAUGUGCACGACAGCAUCUGUGCUCGCAGGGAUUUGGCUGCUGAAUCACCGGGGAGAGCUGGAGUUCACCCAGUUCUUUAGGGAGAAGGAUUACACAACUGGGAAGAACUACAAUUACUAUGGCGUCGGGAUGCAGAUAUUCAUUACGUUCCUCAUGGCUGUCAUAGUGUAUCAGGUUAUCAUUCCUAUCUCGUUGUAUAUAUCAAUGGAGAUGGUACGGCUUGGGCAAGCAUAUUUCAUGGGCGCUGACAAAGACUUGUAUGACAAAUCGUCAAGGUCGAAGUUCCAAUGCAGAGCUCUGAAUAUAAAUGAGGAUCUCGGGCAGAUUAAGUAUGUCUUCUCUGAUAAGACAGGGACGCUGACAGAGAACAAGAUGGAGUUCCAAUGCGCAUCGAUUCAUGGCGUUGAUUAUAGCUCUGGAAAAGAUACGCGUGGAUAUUCAGUUGUAGUCGAUGAUCUUCUUUGGACACCAAAAGUGGCUGUUAGGACCGAUCCUCAACUUUUCAAGUUAUUGAGGAAUGGUGGCACAAAUGUGGAAGGGAAGCUUGUCCUUGAUUUCUUCCUUGCUCUUGCUGUCUGUAAUACCAUUGUGCCACUUGUUGUGGACACUAGAGACCCUAGACAAAAGUUGAUUGAUUAUCAGGGUGAGUCCCCUGAUGAGCAGGCACUAGCUUAUGCUGCCGCAUCUUAUGGCAUCGUGCUUGUUGAGCGAACAUCUGGUUAUGUAGUGAUUGAUGUCCUUGGUGACAGACAACGAUUUGAUAUAUUAGGACUUCAUGAGUUUGAUAGUGAUCGUAAGAGGAUGUCUGUCAUUGUUGGCUGCCCUGACAGCACUGUUAAGCUAUAUGCCAAAGGUGCAGACAGUUCCAUGUUUGGAAUCACCAACAAAGAACUGGACAGUGUUCGUGCUACAGAGGCACAUCUCCACAAAUAUUCAUCGCUUGGCCUAAGAACUCUUGUUGUUGGUAUGCGUGAAUUGAGUCAACCUGAAUAUGAGGAGUGGCAGUCGGCAUAUGAGAAUGCUAGCACUGCAGUACUUGGAAGGGGAAAUUUACUUCGAUCAGUUGCAGUCAAUAUAGAGUGCAAUAUACACAUAUUGGGGGCCACUGGGAUUGAAGAUAAGCUUCAAGAUGGGGUACCAGAAGCAAUAGAAUCUCUUCGGCAAGCAGGCAUGAAGGUCUGGAUUUUGACAGGGGAUAAGCAGGAGACAGCAAUUUCUAUUGGCUACUCUUGUAAGCUGCUGACCAAUGACAUGACGCAAAUUGUGAUAAAUAAUAAUUCUAAGGAGUCUUGCAAGAAAAGUCUUGAGGAAGCAAUUGCAACAAUUAAGGAGCUCAGAGUCACAUCUACAUUGGACACACUGAAUCCAGUGUUAUCAUCAGAAUCUGCUGGUGUAGUUCUUGCUUUGAUUGUAGAUGGCAACAGCCUUGUUUACAUCCUCGAGACGGAAUUGCAAGAAGAGCUUUUCAAAGUAGCUACAGAAUGUAGCGUUGUCUUAUGUUGUCGAGUGGCCCCUUUACAAAAGGCAGGGAUAGUUGCACUAAUAAAAAACAGGACGGACGAUAUGACCUUAGCAAUCGGUGAUGGAGCAAAUGAUGUUUCAAUGAUUCAAAUGGCUGAUGUUGGGAUUGGCAUCAGUGGCCAAGAAGGAGGACAGGCUGUUAUGGCAUCAGAUUUUUCUAUGGGGCAAUUCAGAUUCUUGGUUCCUCUUCUAUUAGUUCAUGGUCACUGGAAUUAUCAAAGGAUGGGUUACAUGAUUCUUUACAACUUUUACAAGAAUGCCACAUUUGUCUUGGUUCUUUUCUGGUAUGUGCUUUAUACAGCAUUCACCUUGACAACUGCUAUCUCUGAAUGGAGUAGCCUAUUGUAUACCGUGCUUUAUACAUCGCUUCCGACAAUUGUUGUUGGUAUUCUUGACAAGGAUCUUAGUAAGUCAACACUGCUAGCUUACCCAAAGCUCUAUGGAUCUGGCCAAAGGAAUGAGAAGUAUAAUCUGAAUUUGUUUGUCCUCAAUAUGGUUGAAGCGCUUUGGCAGAGUUUGGUUGUGAUCUACAUACCGUAUUUUGCAUAUAGACAAAGUACAAUAGAUAUGUCUAGUCUGGGAGAUUUGUGGGCACUUGCAUCUGUCAUCGUUGUAAAUAUGCAAUUGGCCAUGGACAUCAUUCGGUGGAAUUGGAUUAUACAUGCGUUUGUAUGGGGCACAAUAGCAGCAACAGCCAUUUGCCUCUUUGUGAUAGAUUCCAUAUGGUUUCUUCCUGGUUAUGGGGCCAUUUAUCAUUUAAUGGGGACUGGUUUGUUUUGGCUACUGCUGCUUAUCAUUGUUGCUGCAGCAAUGGUCCCGCAUUUUGUGAUCAAGGCUUUCACAGAGCACUUUAGGCCCAGUGAUAUUCAAAUCGCCCGAGAGAUGGAGAAGUUUGAGGCGUUAAAUCAGGUGAACCGUUCGGAAAUUCCAAUGAGAACCUUGUCAUGACCCCAGGGAAACUGUAUAGUGUUUUUCUUCUUUUCUGAAGUUCCAUUUAUUUUGUUAUUUUCUGCCCUUUCGGUGUGUAUACGGGUCAAUCAUUUGUUAACUGUAAGGUGGUAGGCUUUGAAAAAGAAAACUGCAAAGGUGGUAGAUUUAGGCUAAAACAGAUUAGCCUCUGGGUUUUAUGUAUGUAUCUCAUCGAACAUUUACUGAAAUGAAAAUAGAAGUUGACCUACGAGAAUUUCCGUUAA